AAAUAUAACCUAUAAUAAUUAAGUAAAAGUUUAGAACAAGAAGAUAUAUCUUUUUGAUAACUUAUUUCAUAUUAUAAAUAAUAUAACUAAUUUUCGUAAUUUUAUAUCAACAUACGAAAUAAUUGAAAUAUGCCUUUUAUGAAAGGCAGGGCUCCUGUAAGGAGAACCCUUCAGUAUUUGGAAGCAGGAAGAUUGGUGCUGAAAGACCAGAUUAAAAUAUUAACAAUUAAUUAUGGUUUGAAUUCAAAGAAUAACGCUGGGACUAAAGAUUUUGUUUUUUGGCAUUUACCUCAAGUUCAAUACAAAAAUCCAAAUGUUCAGAUUUUAACAUUGAAGAAUAUGGCACCAUCACCAUUUGCUAGAGUGUUUUAUGAAACUGGCCAUCAAAUGUUAAUAGACCUUGAUAGUAGAACCAAAGAUGAAAUACAUGAACAUCUUAUUAAAGUUAUCGGGAAAUCGCAGAAAGUCCUAGAAGAGGAGGCAAUUGCAAGAGAAAAAAAGGACAACCCAGCCAAUUUUGGGGAAUUAUGUGAUAGACAUUGUAUAUGUGAAAUACCUGGGCAAGUUCCAUGUCCCCAAACUUGUCCAUUACCAAAACAUUGGCGAGGAAAAUAUAAAUAUAAUAAAAUUGUGGAAUAGAGAAAUAAAAUAAUCUAUUUUCGUUCAAUUCCUGCAGAAUAAAACAUACAUUUCUUGUAGCACCAU